GGCGGGCGGCACUGCGUGGCGGCAGCAGGCACGCACCAGAGAGUGAUGGCCUCCAUGGGGCUGCAGGUGCUGGGCAUCGCCCUCUCCGUCAUCGGCUGGCUGGCCUCCAUCCUCUGCUGUGCGCUGCCCAUGUGGCGGGAGACGGCCUUUGUGGGCAACAACAUCGUGGUGGCGCAGAUCAUCUGGGAAGGGCUGUGGAUGAACUGCGUGGUGCAGAGCACGGGGCAGAUGCAGUGCCGGGUGUACGACUCCCUGCUGGCGCUGCCACAGGACCUGCAGGCUGCCCGCGCGCUGGUGGUGGUGGCCAUCGUGCUGGCCGUGAUGGGCACCCUGCUCGCCAUCGCUGGUGGCAAGUGCACCAACUGCGUGGAGGACGAGACCGCCAAGGCCAAGGUCAUGAUCCUCUCCGGUGUCACCUUCAUCAUCGCCGGCGUGCUGAUCCUCAUCCCCAUCUCCUGGUCAGCCAACUCCAUCAUCCGGGACUUCUACAACCCGCUGGUCGCCGAGUCCCAGAAGCGGGACCUGGGCUCGUCCCUCUACGUGGGCUGGGCGGCCUCCGCGCUGCUGCUGCUGGGGGGGGGCAUCCUGUGCUGCACCUGCCCGCCGCGGGGCGAGAAGCCCUACUCUGCCAAGUACACGGCGUCCCGCUCACUGCCAGCCAGCAACUACGUCUAGGAUCCGCUCCCCGCGCCCUGCAUGUGCCCUGGCGCCUCUCCCACCUGGACCCACCGCCGCCCUGCUGCGCCCACCCAGCCGCCACGGGUGAAUCCUGGGGGGGAUGCCCCCAGGGCACCCCAUGGCCCCACGGGGGGGCAGGGUUGGGGCCAGGUGCCGGGGCGGCACGGAGGGGCCGGUGUGAGGGAGGGUAGACAGAGCCGCCUUUGUUCGCCUGUGGAUUGAAGCUGGUUCUUUAAUCCCGUCCGGGACGGGGAACAAAAUGCUGCUGUCCUGGCUGCCUGCCCCGCUCCCCCCCGCGGCUCAGGGGCACCCGCAGCAUCUCCUUGGUGAAGGAGCCCUGGCUGCCGGUAUCGGGGUGUGCCGUGCCGUGGCACGGCCCUGAGCGCUGCGGGGUGCCCAUCCCGCGGGUGACACACGGCUCCGCACCCUGCGCGGCUCUGGCCAGGAGACUCGCCCAAACGCUGCUGCGAAGGCCGGGAAAACCCCAGGACGUGUCCUUAGGUCACCACAGGACAGCGGGGACAGCAAAUCUGUCCCACGUGGUCAGGGGACGUGGUGGCUCAGCAAACCUCAGCACGGUCUUGAGGGGUGGCUGGGGUGCUCUCACCCCCUGUGCCUUGUAGUUUUACUUUGACCUACUUUCGGCAUUUUUCCGUAGCUCUAUGUGCAUGGAAUUUCUCUCGGCAGCUCCCCGGGGCGCGGGCAUCAUUAUCCUGGGAGUGGGAAGGCAGCGGCCGGGCUGGGAGAACCGGUUGGGGAGGCGGGAGGGGAGCAGGCGGUGCGCGGGGCUCUGCACUGGGCUUCUCAUCCCCGCCGCAGGGCAGGAGCCGGGGUGGCCCGGGGAGGCUCACGGUGCCCCGGGCUGUGGCAGCACCUGUUCCCGUGUCGCAGCCAUCCCAUAUUAAACGGCAGCUGCUCGGA